UUAUCAUGAAAGGGUGUUAGAUUUUUGUCGAGUGCUUUUUCUGCAUCAGUUGAGAUGAUCAUGUGUUUUUUUUAACCUUUAUUCUGCUAAUGUGAUGUAUUAUAUUGGUUGCUUUUUGUGUAUUAAACCAUCUUUGCAUUCCAGGAAUAGGUUCCACUUGGUCAUGGUAUGUAAUCCUUUUAAUAUGCCACUGAAUUUGGUUUCCUAGUACUUUGUUGAAGACUUUUGCAUUCAGUAUUCAUAAAGGAUAUUUGUCUGUAGCUUUCUUUUCUUUUAGUGGCUUUGGCAUCAGCUUAAUGCCAGCUUCAUAGAAUGACUAGUAAGUGUUCCCUCUUCAAUUUUUUGAAAGAUUUGAGAAACAUUGGUGUUAGUUCUUCGUUAAAUGUUUGGUAGAAUUUCAUAGUGAAGCCUUGGGCUAAGGGCUAGAGAGAAGGAUUUCAUAAGAAGGAAGUAGACCAAUUGUUCAUGGUCUGUGAAAGAAGCAAUAAAAGAAGCAGGCUCAGAUUAGGAAAUGAAAGAUGGUGUUUGGAGAGUAAGGAGAAAAUCCUUUCCCAGAGAAUGGUCAAGACAGUCCCAUAUGGCCUCUAACUUGGACCUCUCAGAGGAGGGGAAGAAUAGGCAACAGCCUCGUGGUUCUCCAGCCUCCAGGUGAUGGGCCGAGUUGGACUGGCACUGUGGUCUCUGUUACUCAAGGGCUCCAUGAUUCUAUGAUGUCACUGAAGAGAGAAGAAUGGGGAACUGGACUCAGCUCCAGCUGCUCUGAUUCCUCUCUCCUCUGGAUCCUGAUAGUUUUUGGGAUGAGGGGAGGUGAGCUGCAUGAUCACACGUGUCCUAGCUCAGUCUCCCCUCUGGCCACCUCAGCCCCCACCACAUUUACGGAGAGAAAUUAGCCAGUGUGAGUCAACUCCGCAACAAGCAGAGCAUCUUUUAUGAAGCUAAACUGACCAAAAGAACAACAAUGAAAACAGCCUUUUAUUCCUCUGUUUCUAGAAAACUUAAAGAACAAGAGAACUACAUUCAAAUUGAGCUGGAAAAGAAUAUUUGGACAAUCUGUGAUUGUGAGAGUGGAUGAAUCUUCUAGCUAAACCUAUGAGCUUUGAAACCACAGCAAUCACUUUCUUCAUCAUUCUUCUAAUUUGCUUCAUUUGCAUCCUCCUUUUAUUGGUGGUCUUUUUAUAUAAAUGUUUCCAAGGCAGGAAAGAUACAGACACAAAGAAAGCACCUUGUACAGAUGCAAACGGAGGUAUAGACUGUGCAGUUGCCAAAGUGGUGACAAGCAAUCCAGAGGACCAUGAAAGGGUCUUAAUGCAAGUUGUGAACUUGAAUGUGCCGAUGAGGCCUGGCAUUCUUGUCCAAAGACAGAGUAAGGAAGUGUUGGCCACAUCCUUAGAAAACAGAAGAGAUAUGGAGGCAGAAGAGGAGAACCAAAUAAAUGAGAAGCAAGAGACUGAGAAUGCUGGAGAAACUGGUCAAGAAGAGGAUGAUGAUUUGCAGAAAACACACACAUCUGUCACUAGAACUCCUUCAGUUGUUGAAAGCCAAAAAAGACCUUUAAAAGGAGUGACAUUUUCUAGGGAGGUAAUUGUUGUGGAUCUUGGGAAUAAACACCCUAUACCUCAAAGCUAUACUCGAGAACAUAAAGAGAGAAAAUGAAGCUCCAAAAAGGGUAAGAGUGAAAGAAAAUGUAACCUUUAACUAACAUUGAAAUGACUGAGGGUACAAAAUCAUGGUGAAACAGCAAAACAAUGGGGAAUUAAGCAAAUAAAUAUAGUAUAUUACCUUUUUGCAGAAA